AUGCUCAAAAAUCGCCAGUUCCUCGUGCUCGUGGCUCUGUUCCUCCAGGGCCUUGCUCUCGCCAGCGCUGAGUAUACCGAGAAGGUCUGGAGUGUGUUCGCAUACACUCUCUACGGAGAUAGUACCCCCGAGGCACUGUUUGAACAGCGUGCGGUAGGCUUGACGGAUUAUGGAGCCAAUCAGCUUGUCACUGCGGGAACAGCCUUCCGGGACCGCUAUGUGUCGUCGGCUGGGAGUAUAAAUGCAACCGAGUUCGCAAUCCAGUCUAUAUCUGCAUCUUGGCUGAUGUCACAGAGCUUGGAGGUACUCUCAACGACUGAGCAAAAUGUUAUUGCCUCGGCGCAAGCAUUUAUGCUUGGGCUUUACCCACCUCUUGGUAGUGAGGGUAUGAACACUACGGAUGACACCGCGAACGGAACGACUUUUUCAGCACCAUUGGACGGAUAUCAAUUCCCCAGGAUUGUUACACUUGGCGAAUCUGAUCCUGGGUCCUUACUUGUAGCUGGCCAGUCAAGCUGCAGCAUGUAUCAAGCUGCAGUCUCUGAAUACCGGAACAGCGGCGAUGCAGCGAUGAUUACGCGGGAUACGGAAGCGUUCUACGGAAAGCUUUUGCAUCAGGUGCUAUCUGGGGCUUUCGAUGAAUCAACGGCGACAUAUGCCAAUGCCGUCACUAUUGCAGACUAUCUAGAAUAUGAAGUUUUGCACAACAGUACUACGUUGGAUCAUCUUUCUGAUGAUGAUCUGAUCCAAGUGCGGUCCUUGGCGGACCAGUUCACCUAUGCUACGAAUGGACAGGGUGCUUCGGCCUUGAGCGGAUCCACCAUUGGUGCCGUCAGUCCCAUUGCAGGUCAAACUCUCGCAGCUAGCAUCCUGAAGUCAUUCAAUAUGUAUAUGACGGAUGGGACUAGCCCGCAAAUGACACUGCUCUUCGGUGGUGACGAACCUGCUGUGGCUUUGGCUUCCCUGGUGGGCUUAGCCAGCGAACAGCAGCCCAACUUCUAUUCCCGUCCCGUUCGAGGUGCCUCUUUGAUAUUUGAACUGUUUAGCUUUGGAACCGAUGCGGAUGAUGAUAGCUACCCAGACAGUAGUGAAAUGUAUGUGCGGUUCUUCUUGCACAACGGGACAGACACUUCGACCAAAUUUAUUUCAUUCCCGCUUUUCGGAAGUGGACCUAGCCAAAGCUAUGUCCCCUGGACAGAUUUUCAGACUGAAAUCGAGACCUUUUCUGUCCAGUCGAUUGAGGAGUGGUGCCUGCGCUGCAAUGCGAGCUCCAUUUUCUGUGCAGGGGCAUUGGACCGCGGUGGCUCUACCCAGAAGAAGAAAAGCAUCGCACCUGCAGUAGCCGGUGUCAUUGGAGCGGUUGUCACGCUGGCCGUGGUUGGAUUGCUAGCUGUGGUUGGAUUCUUCAUUUGCGGGUUGCGUAAGCGCCAAGGAAGUCAUGAGGGAGGUCACAAACCGAGCAUUGGAGGAUUUAAGGGAACCAGCAAGCUUGCUAGCGAUGCAGAUGUUUCUUUCCGCAAUCCCAUUUGGGGAACUGGUAAAACUGCCAACAUGGAACAGGAUGAUGGGGUUGCUGCCGGAGGUGUAAUCGUCCGUGGACAGGAGCGCUUGGGAAGCUGGGAAAUGGGCCAACAAAGUUCGGAAGUACAGAAUAAACAGUCGAUCACCCAGGGAGGAGGUCUUUUCGCUGAACCUUCGGUCCCAGGAGAGGAUUUUGAUGAAUGGCGGCUUCACAGUCUACAGCCUGUCAAGAUCCGCGAAAGUGUCUGA